UAUGGGCUCCCUGCACAAUACUUUCAGAUAUACGGGCUCCCGGGCGCUAUCGGCAACCGGUCUUGUGCGCAGUUACGUAACUACACAACAGUUUUGCAGCCGUUGAUUUUGUUAGUGGAUAAAAAUUAUGAAAAUUCAGUUUUCUUGGACGAAAUCAGUUUAUUUAUCUGUGCAAACGCAGAUUUUAUGUUGUGUACUGAAAAUUUGAGACUUAUUAUUUACAAGCCUUACCUUUUAACUCGGUAAAUGGAUCGUGAAGAGGCAAUUUUGUCUGCUGUACGAUCCGUUCAAGAGGGCAUUUUAUCGCGGAAUGCUGCUGCCAAGCGUUAUAACGUUCCCCGCGCGACUCUCUACAACCGACUACAAGGACGUGGGCAACACAAGCGUGGAUGUUGGAGAAAGAAGUUCACGGACGGAGAGGAGCAGUAUCUGGCCAACUUUCUGCUGCACUGCGCCGACAUCGGUGUUCCUUUGAACAAACCAUGUGUCCGGAAGCUUGUCACCAGCAUGGCCACGGAAAAAGGAAUGGUCGCUAAGUUUAGUGACGGCUGGCUCUCAUCGUUUCUGCGGAGAUAUCCCGACUUAUCGCGUCGCAUUACGCACGGUGUCAACAGGAAAAAGGCCAGAGAAUGGACUGCCGAGAACUGUGAGGGGUGGGUGACUCUGCUGAGUGAACUACAUAUAGAGGGAUGGCUGGACGAUCCAGCUGCAAUUUGGAAUUUAGAUGAGAGUGGAUUUUCUACAGCCGAGAAAGUCGAUUUCGUAUUCGCUCGAAAGGGGACGAAGAACGUUUUAUCCUAUUACGAUGGAAACGAUAAAGAGGUGAUUACCGUGUUAGCUGGAGGCAACGCUGCGGGAACCAUUCUACGUCCUCUCAUCUUAUACGAUGGAAAAAUGCACAUAGCGUCUCGUUAUCGUGGGACACAGGACCGGUGCUGGCUGGGUGUCAACCAUUCUGGCGUAAUGGACACCGAUGUCUUCUUGGAGUAUUUCGAAAAAGAGGUCCUUCCGCGGUUGACUGCUCCAAAGAACUUGAUUAUGUUGGACGGUCAUAGUUCCCAUGUCUACAACGAGAAGUUUCUGCUGCUUUGCGCAAAUUCCAAACAAAAUAUUCGGGUGGUAAUAUUUCCUGCUGGUCAGACAUGCCGAACCCAACCGCUCGAUUUAAGAGUCUUUGGUCCCGUAAAACGUUGCUGGAAAAAUGUGCUCCGCGAAAAGAAUUUGACUGUCAGUGCAGACGAGGUUUCCAAACAGAACUUUGCCCUGGAGCUUAUGGAUAAGUGGGAGGAUUUUAAUAUGCCAGCCAACAUUCAGUCCGGUUUCCGUGAAGCUGGCAUUUAUCCUUUUGAUCCCGCGAUUGUGUGCAAAGAUUUUCCCGGGACGGUGCCGUCAGUUCCCUCAGUGACAGCGAUGAAGCCCAGUGAUGUGUACGCAAAAGAGUUUGAAGAGGUUCGCACUGCUUAUCGCAAAAUUCACCCAUUUUCGGAUAACCAAAUUGAGCAAUUUCUGGAAAAAAGCAAGCAAGUUCUGGACGGUGUUAUUCCAGCAGUAUCCCCAAAGCGAGCAGCAGUCGAGUUUAAAGACAAAUUAUGCGGCGACAAACCAGAGAAACGACGAUACGCGAAGGACUCUAGGUUAUGCACUGUUAAAGGCGCUAUCGCAACGGAAUCUGCAUUUCUGGAUGCCUUAAAAGAUCGGAACGACAAAAAACGUCGCCCGCUCAAAAAUGUCACCAAUUCCAAGAAAAAAUAAUUUGUUUGGAAACUGGUUGUUUUUGAUUUUUUGGUUGUUUUCGUUGGUAAAUUUCGUCGUUGUGAUCAAAAGAAUAUUUUGUUUUAAUUUCUGGUAGUGUCAGUUGAGCGGGCAUUUUUAAUUAGCCGGGAGCCCAUAUAUCUGAAAGUAUGGUGCAGGGAGCCCAUA